AACGCACGCCAAACAAAAUGGCGAACCGCACGGUAAAAGAUGCGCACUCCGUGCGCGGCACAAACCCGCAAUAUUUAGUCGAGAAAAUCAUCAGAUCGCGCAUCUAUGAUUCUCGAUACUGGAAAGAAGAAUGCUUCGCGCUUACAGCCGAAUUGCUGGUCGACAAGGCGAUGGAGUUACGCUACAUCGGCGGUGUUUACGGAGGGAACGUUAAGCCGGCACCGUUCCUUUGCCUGCUGCUCAAGAUGCUGCAGAUCCAACCGGAGAAGGACAUCGUUGUCGAGUUCAUCCGUCAGGAUGAGUUCAAAUAUGUGCGGGCCCUAGGUGCCAACUACAUGCGUCUUGUGGGCAGCUCACUAGACUGCUACAAGUACCUGGAGCCCUUGUACAACGACUACCGCAAGCUCCGGCGUCAAAAUCGGGACGGUGUUUAUGUAAUUGUCCACAUGGAUGAGUUCAUUGACGAACUUCUGCGAGAGGAGCGUGUGGCGGACAUCAUCCUUCCUCGAAUUCAGAAGCGGCAAGUGCUGGAGGAAAGCGGGGAGCUGGAGCCACGAGUGAGUGCACUUGAGGACGACCUGGACGAUGUUGACUCGGGCGAAGAUGAAAUCGAAGAUGUGCCCAAGGCACCUAUCGAGCAGAAAAAGGAAACACAGAGGCACCGCAUGUCGAAAUCGCAGCAUGAGUCAUCCGGCAGCAAAAAUACUAGUCGCUCGACGCACAACAGAGAAAGAGAACACCGAGAAAAGGGUGCUCCCAAAGAUCACCGUGACGUCCGAGAUCAGCGCGACUUCCGAGAACAGCGCGACUUCCGAGAACAGCGUGACCUCCGAGACCAGCGGGACUUCCGAGACCAGCGGGACUUCCGAGACCAGCGGGACUUCCGAGACCAACGUGACUUCCGAGACCAGCGUGACUUCCGAGAUCAGCGCGAUUUCCGGGACUCCAGAGAGUUUCGAGAUCAGAGAGACUUCAGAGAUUCUCGAGACUUCCGGGCCGAUGUACGGGGGGAUGGUCGAGACUCCCGCGAUGUUAGGGACAAGGACUACCGGGAACAUCGAGAGAAGGAGCACCGCGACCACAGGGACAAGGAUUACAGGGACAAAGAUUAUCGCGACAAGGACUACCGAGAAAAGGAUAAGGACUAUAGGGAAAAGGACAAGGAUUACAGAGACAAAGACUAUCGCGAGAAGGACCACCGGGACAAGGACAGUCGAGACCACCACAGCCGCCGGCACCGUGACCAAGGAGAGAAACGAAAAUCGAACAAAUGAAACUUUGCUGGUGAUGGUGAAAGUGAGAUCGUGUACAUAUGCAUUAAAGGCUCAUCUUUCGUUCUUUUCAAUGUACA